ACAGGAUCACGUGUGUGUGUGUGUGCCUCUCCUGCUCCUCCACGUUGAGCUGAUUGAAUGGAAAUAAGCAACACAGACCAGCCUCGUCCAAACCGCUUGGUGAGCAGCCAUGAACCGACCCGGUCUUGGUGGGACUUCAUCCAUUAGGUUCUCCACCAGCAGGCCAGGUAAUGGAUGCCCCCCCACGGAUCUAACAGAAGAGGACAAAGACAAUCUGAAGUUUGAACUGGCCAAGAUGGAGGAGGAGAUCCAGACAAUGAGGCAGCUAGUGUUGGCCAAAGAGAAAUAUGCUGCAGACAUCAGGAGACAGCUGGGCAUGGGUCCUCUCAGUAGCCUCAAACAGAACCUGUCCAAAGGCUGGCAAGAAGUUCAGACCUCAUCCCCAUAUCUCACAGCCUCCGCAACCUUGGAUGACAUCAGCAACUCCAACGCAUACACAAGAACCAAGGAAGGUCUCUCCCAUGCAGGCUAUGUGACAUCUUCUGCAUUGUCCAGUAUGGGUGUGGUCCUCACCAGGAGGCUGGCAGAGAUGAGAGCACUCCCCCUUCCAAGCCCACCACGCACCCUGAGCCACACCAUGAGUGUGCCAUCUAUGAGACACUCGUCUACAUUCAAGUCUUUUGAAGAAAUGGUUGGCAGCAUGAAGGACAAGAUGACAAAUAAUGGAGAAACAUGUGGCUUUGAAAGAAAAGCUGCACAUCACAACGCAUGAGACAUGACUGUUUUAUUUAUCCUCUGUUUUUCAUAAUAAUCAUAAUACAGUAUUGUAAUGCU